AUGAGCUUCGGCUGGAGCGCCGGGGAUGUGUUACAAGCCGCCCAGAUUGCCUGGGAUGUCUACAAGUGUAUCGCUGACGGGGCUCAAAAUGCAAAAGUCGAUUUUACACAGUUCAAAGCUGAGUUCGAGUUGAUGAGAGCAACCAUCGAAGAGUUACAAGAGGCAGAGAAAGAUGUCCCCGCCUCCAAGAGGAUUGCCCUUGGCCAGUCGUAUCAGCAGACGAUCACCGAUUGCACCGAAUUCGUCAAGAAGCACGAAAGACUCGCGAGCGAUAUACAUCCCGGCGGACCGAAAGAAGCUUUGCAAUGGCACAAAGUCUCCGGCAAAGUCAAGACCGUUUUCCAUCAAGUUUCGUGGCCGAUAGAACGCAAAGAGGCGGAGCGACUUCGCCGUGCGCUUGAGCGGAAUGUCCAGCUCGCCAACUUGAUGGCUACCAAUACAGUGAUCGAUAUAACAAAACAGGCGAGACAGGAGAAUCUGGAAAUUCUGCGUGCAAUUAAAAUCAUGAGCUUACAGAUAUCAUUCAUCCUCCGCCAAUGCAUGCCAGGACAUACUUCUAACAGCGGAGACAAUACACUGGAAAGUCGGCUCUUAUCGGAGCUUGGCCAGCGAGCCUUGCCACGGUUACGAGACACGGAGCAAUUGCCAUCCUUGCUGGAUAUCUUACCUAGUGCAAGGUCCGACAAGCGGGAGUCGAAACCCCUUCUUCGCAUCCAAAACGUCUCCCAAAAGCUAGAUCAUCUCAUUAUGCGCCGUGACAUGCCCGUCGUCGGCUUCCUAGACCAGAUCCGAGCGGACAUUCGUGGCGCUUUGAAUCAGGCUGGGUUCAAGCAUGUCACGGUUCCUGGUCAACUGGCGUUGAACGCACCGACUAAACCCAAGGAGCCAGCUCGGAUCUUGAACAAGGAGAUUGAUGAGUGGGAGAAAUUCAGCGACUGGGUUAAAUUCCAGCUCCUGCACCAGGAGCGAGCGAUCACCCCAGCGCGAAGGGAAGACUCGCCCCGCGAGAAUGACCCUCCCGCGGAACCGCCGCCCACGCCUCCACUGACUGAGCCCAUCAGUACUCGCUACCGGUGCACGAGAGUAGAGACGCAAUCUCCUGUACUGAUACAGUUUCCGGAUCCGAAUCAAAAGAACCACGAAUUGCACAAAGCGGUUAAAUGCACGAUAAGCGUCUACCUCCAUCAUCGUACCCGCGAACUUGGCUUGAUCGAGGCGACGGAUUUGAGCGGCACCGUGAAAAUAACACACAGGAUCCACGAAUCGACAUUCAGAGGAGUCCAGAGCUCCAUGAUUCCAUAUGUCGAGAGUGCUCAUGUGGUCCACGAUCCGACCUGUCCGUUCAGGAUAUGCUUUCAGGGGUCUCACCGUGUUAAGAUCGAGUCAAACGGUGUUGUCGAAAGAUAUGCCAUCUCGCCGGUAUAUAUCUGCCGGAAGCAGGCUGAUUUCGUCACUUUCCAGAGCAUACUCCUAGGGCGAAACAUGCUCUACUGCGGAGAUGUCAAAUAUAUCAACGCCGAUGGCGUCGAGGAACACUGCUCGCUCGAGACCAUCCGUAUUCUCCAGGACCCGCUCACAUCAGCGCGGAGCUUACUCUACUUUGGCAAACUCAAGCAAGGCUCGAGUGCAAAGAUGGGCUUUUUGGAAUGGCCUUUGGACGGAUUCAUUGAACUCAAGUCCUCGAAGUUAUCAACCAGGCUUCAACUGCAGGGAGAGGCCAUAACCAGGCGGAAUUCGAUGGGGAGCAUUGCCAGUGUGAUGUCGAACGAUUCACGGCACUCAAACCUGUCAAUGUCGAGUUCAGGUCGCCACAUACGACAGCUGGAGAUUGUGUUCUAUGAUGAGAGAGAUUGUGAAGCAUUCCGAAACAGUCUUCGGUCAUAA